CCAGGUGUAAGUAGAUCUUUGAAGACUGUUUGCGAUAUUGAAGCCUUGGAGGACAACUAAAUACAACAAUAUAAUCCUUGCCUCUGGGAUUACAGGUCAAAUACACGAAACACAAUGGAGGAUUAUGAGGAUCACACGGAGGAGAGUUACAUCUAUUACCCACGGGCAGUGGAGCAUUAUGACUAUUACAGAACUGCAAUGGAGGAUUAUGAUUAUUACAGACAUGACAAUUUCCCUCUCAUAAACCACAAUAUAUGCAUUACUGAUGGAUUCUGUAUCUUCUACCUGGUGGUAAACAUUGUCACCUUCCUGGUUGGGGUUCUUGGGAACGGCCUAGUCAUCUGGAUCACUGGUUUCAAGAUGAAGAAGACGGUCAACACCACCUGGUACCUCAGCCUGGCCAUGUCAGACUUCAUAUUCUGUGUCACCUAUUUACCGGUUUACAUCGUCCACUUUUUUGAUAUGGUGUACUUCACCUUUGCUCUGAUAUUCAUCACCAUGUUCAGCAGCGUCUUCCUCCUGGUCAUCAUCAGUGUUGAUUGCUGUGUGUCGGUGGUGUUUCCAGUCUGGUCUCAGACCAACCGUACCAUCGGCAAAGCCUCUUUUGUGGUGGUCCUGACCUGGGUUUCAUCUGUUGCCCUCAGUACACGCUAUAUGUUUGCGGGUGAAAUAGACAUUGCGAAGAUAAUCUUGAGUCACUUCAUUGGUGGCUUUGUAGUGCCCUUCCUCAUCAUCUUCUUCUGUUAUUCUGUAAUUAUCCCGAGACUGAGAACGAGACAAAUGAUAAGUGUGUCCUCCAAGUCCCUCAGAGUAAUGACUGCCCUGAUAGCAAUGCUCUUCAUCUUCUGGCUACCCAUCUAUUUCAUCAUUCUGUUUCAAGGCAUUGUUUUAGACCAGGACAUAAGAACUGGACUUAUGGUGGGAGUAAUAUUAGCCACAGUCCCCAGUUUCCUCAGACCAGUGUUGUAUGUUUGCAUGGGGAAUAAUGUCCCACCGACACUCAAGAGGUCCAUAGUUGGUAGGAUUGAGAAUGUCCUUGGAGAGGAAGACCCCCCACACCACCAGCCAUGAAACAUCCACACAUCUCUAAAACUCUCUGAGGAUGACAAGGACUCUGGGGCUGUGGAACACAGUGUUGUUAAGCAAUGGAUAACUUUUUCUACAUUUUAUUAUAAAUGUAUGUUCUUUUGAUGGCCUGCAUUUAAAUAACUGCACAACAAGUAGUUUCUUUUUUAGCCAAAAUUAUAAAUAUUACUGUAAUGAAGAAUGCAUAUUGUCUGUGUAAUUAAAAUAUACAG